UGAACCUACAUAACCUUAAAGUGAUAUAUAAAUGACUAAUUUCCUUAAUAACCUUCAAUUAAUUAAGUUUGCACAAUUUAGGCUUCAUUUUAUUUGAAAGGUGUGCUUUGGGUUAGUUAUGGAUAAAAAUGCUUAAAGAGGGUUCUACUUUACCACAUGUAUAGUGAAGUUACAAACCAAAUAGCACCAAUUGUUAAAAACAGCAAUAGAAAUUUGUCUUUUUAUAAUAGUAGUAUAUUGUCAGUUUUGUUUAUUUUGGACAUAUUAGUGUAAUAAUAAGUAGUGUAAUUAAAAAUACAAGAUGCCAGUUCGUAGAGCUACUCAUGCAGGAAGUUGGUAUACAGAUUCUGGUCCGGAGCUCUCUCGCCAAUUAGAAUACUGGUUACACCAAGCAGAUUUGCGGCACGGUCCUGCACGUGCAAUAAUCGCUCCACAUGCCGGGUAUCAAUAUUGUGGUGCUUGUGCAGGACAUGCCUAUAGACAAAUCAGUCCUGUCGUCGUUAGAAGAAUAUUCAUUUUGGGACCUUCGCACCAUGUAAGAUUAUCCGGAUGCGCUUUGUCCAGUACACAAAAAUACAAGACCCCAUUAAGUGAUCUUCAUGUAGAUAUGCAAGUGAACGCCGAUUUAGAAAUGUCAGGGCAAUUUGAAUGGAUGGACUUAGAUACGGACGAAAAUGAACACAGUAUAGAAAUGCACUUACCUUAUAUAGCUAAAAUUAUGGAGACCUACAAAAAUCAAUUUACGAUAGUGCCAAUACUAGUCGGAUCGCUUAGUCCCGAAAAGGAAGCCUUUUACGGAAGACUGCUUUCAUCAUAUUUGGCAGAUCCACAGAACCUAUUUGUGAUAUCUUCAGACUUUUGUCAUUGGGGGCAACGGUUUCGUUACACUUAUUAUGAUAGGUCUUGUGGAAAUAUUUAUCAAUCUAUUGAAGCAUUGGAUAGAGCUGGUAUGAGUAUUAUCGAAAAUCUAAAUCCAACCGAAUUUACAAAUUAUUUAAAGAAGUACGGAAAUACCAUAUGCGGAAGACAUCCUAUUGGUAUUUUAUUGCAGGCGGUGCAAGAACUUCUGCGAAAUGACAGUACCAUAAGUGCUAAUUUAAAGUUUUUGAAGUACGCACAAUCAAGUCAGUGUAGAAAUGUGAACGAUUCAUCAGUCAGUUACGCAUCUGCUGCUUUAGUUUUUGAAUAAAUUGAGGCCUUAAUUGAUUUCGUGAGUGUACGCCAAUACGAAAUUAUUUUUCAAUUUAUAAUCCUUUUUUUAAUUUUGUACUUGACGGUACAGACUGCCUUCAAUUAUGUAGGUUUAGUUGUUAUGGUUAUGGGAGUAAAUUAGAGGAUACGAUUAAUUUUUUUCUUCAAUUGUCGGAGAAAGUGUUGUGCUAUUUAAUUUCUCAAUCAACUUUGUAACUAAUUUUUUUAUUACCUACCUCUUUUUUUACAAACAGAAUGUGUCGGCUCACAAUAUGCUGUGAGAGUGAUAGCAAUCGUAACUAGUGUUUUAAUAUUUGUGACGGUAAGAGAAGGGAAUGGAAGCGGUCUCUUACAGUAUUCUUACUCAGCUAAUUAAGGAAAACAGGGUUGAGUCAUUACAUAUAGGACAUACAAAACUUAGAAUACUGUGUAGAAUAGUCGAAAAUCCCCUUGAAAUGUGCACUUUUUCACUCUCAUUUGCUACUGAGAUGUAUUUAUCGAAAAUACUGCAGUUGUACUGUUGUGUAACAUUUGUAAUUUCUUUGUCGACACAACUUAGGAUUGAGGUAAUCGGGUAUUAUUAUUAUUCCACAUUUCUUGUCACGUAACUCUCACAUGGACUUAUGUGUUGGACCAAGCAUUACCGUAGGGAUUUUUCGAAAUUUGGAUUUGUUAUUUUCAUGCUUUAAAUACACAACUACCAAAUUUACCUGAUUGUGGUUAUACCUCUACAAACCUUUUUACGUACAUACGUAUGUUGUAAUGUGUAAUUUUCUCGAUUUUUGUCCUUAGUGUAAGGAUAUGAUAUGGUUGUCACUUGUCAUUUGAAGUUUAAUUAUGUUGUUCUAGUAAAUAAAAUUCUGUUACAAACUCAAGAUUAGUUUAAUGAAUUCUUGAGUAAUUUGCCAAUUUCUAAAUUUGGUAAAUGUGUAAAAAAAACUCAUGACAGUACUGCACAUGUAGAAGAUUGUGUAAAGUAGGUCAUGCAUUCUGCUGACCCAACCCUGAAGAAACCUUAUCACAUUUUUUUAGUAAUUAAAUAUCUGAAAUAUACAGGGUCUGGCAACAAUAUUAAGCAUGAAGGGGGAUACAGGGUUGAAGUAUUUCUGUUUUUGAUCAGUUCUUAUUGAUGUAAUGCAGAUGGUUUUAUAUUCUGUUUUAAUAAAGAUCCCUAAUUAUUCAUUUUAAAAGGUAUGCCUUAAUAACAAAAGACUGUCAGUUAUAAUUUAUGGGAAAACCAAAUAUGAAACCAUCACCAUCAACAAGGGCAUUCAAUAAUAAAACGUGGAAUUAUUACUUACCAAUGAAUAUGAACAUUUUAAUUUAUUUUUCUCUCAGCGUGGGUGAGAUAAAAAUCUAUAGAUAUAAAAUUAUUAGUGAAGGACCACUAUGUAUUUUGUUAGGAAUGAAUUAGAUCUUUUAAUACAAUUUUGUUCUGUAUACUGGUAAAGACUAGUGUGGUAUUUCCCCCAAUUGUUGGCGGCCCCUUUCCAUUGAAUGAUGACGGCUGUGGCAGUUUUGUACUUUGUGUCAAAUGUUCUUUCAAUCUUGAUCUGGUCAUAUUUAAGUCACAAGUGCCUUAAGGAUGGCAAAUUCAUAAAAAAUUUAGUUAAGUGGCAGUCUGAACCAAAGUUUUUUAUAAUGUAGUAAGUGUGGUUUGUUAGUGUACGAAAAUUGUGCGCAUAGAUGAAUUAUCUGUCAAAUUUCGCAAAGUUUGGCAAAUUAUCUUCAGUAUUGAUAUUUAUUGCAAUAUUCCGACGUUGUUGUGAAAUUGUGCAAUAAUAUGACAUUUAAUUCGUUUUGUGUGCGUCUAGAGUAAUUGUGGUUUACACCACAAAUUUAAGUUUUGUUUCCAUAUUGGUUUAGGUUGCAUUUUCUAACAUAUCAUUGUUAUAGUGUUGCUUUCGUGCUAUUAUUUCAAGUUUUACAAUGGCUCAGGUUAUGCAAUCUUUGAAGCAGCCUUUAAAUAUGUAUAGUCUGUCACAGUUCAGCGUUCAUUCAAUGAGAUCUCUUAAUUCAUAAUGACAUACACGAUAAUAAGCAAUUAGUGUAAUUGAAGAUAUGAAAGUAGACUGGGUUGACAAUACAGCAUUUCUCCAUUAGGGGAUCUCUCUCUACCUUUAAAUUUACAAAGGUAUCCUGUCGGUCAAUUUUUGUUUGUGUGAUAAUGGGAUUAUCGUCUUUGAAUGAACGCUUUACCUUGAGACGAAGUUUAACGAUGCAGCCAUCCAUUAUUUUCCUCUCAAUUUCAUCAGAGACUUUAUGACAAACAAAUUGUAUUAAAUGGAGAGACUGCAUCAAUUUUUGUUCAGUAAUACUAAUACGUAACUAAAUGUAUGGUCUUAAGUAAACUAGUGGAUGUAGAGAUAUUUUUAAUUACAUCAAUAGAAACUAACAGCAGAAUAUCAAAUUGUGGCAUUGUUAAUGUUUUUAUAGUAAUAGUUUAGAUAGUAUACGCCACUGUGAUAGUUUUUGCAACUAACAUUUUGAUAUUCAUAUUAACGUGCUGGAUAACAAAAUGAUUUUAUAGUGCCUAACAUCCAUUUAUGCAACUACCAGUUUACUUAUAACCUAGACAUAACUUGUGUUUGAAUUUAUCUAUUAUUUUGUGUAUUGUUUCAUGCCAAUUAACGUUACGCAAAUAGAAUUAAUACGAACCAGUCCGUAAAAAUUAAGUGUCACAAUGUAUGGGAUAGCUCACAGAUUCAUUUAGUUAAUUUUGUAUAAUGUAAAUAUACUAAUAUUGUUUUUACUUUUGUUGGGGUUGUAUCUACUGUAAUUUUAUCCUAAUUUUAAAUACGCCUUUCAAACUAAACUGUGUCUGUGAGUCUUAUCUAAUGAUUAACAAUAAUUGAAUAGGUCUACAAAUAAGUCUGAAGACUGUCUUUAUAAAUUUAAAGCACUAAUUGUGAAUGUGAAUUUUAUAAUAUUGUCCAAAGACUUGAAAUACACAAAAUAAAAUUUUAU